AUGAACAACACUGGAAUAAUCGUGUGGGUUGCCAAAUCGCAGAUGAUGACAGCGCUGAAGCUGACUGGAUUCAAGGUCGAUGGAGGGGCAGAUAUGGACGGCCACCAUAAGCUAGAGGUCGUUAUCUCGCCGGGUUGUAGCCAUCGUCGCAAGUCGUCUCUGGUCAUGGCUAGAGAUUCAGACCAGAGACCACUUCUGGAUCGCCCGGAUGAGAAAACAGCUUGCUUUGUACAUUCGCUCAUUGCAGGCGAAUGGGACCCGACACACCAGGCCCGGGAUGUGCAGGAUCUCGUACAUGCAGCUAUUGACGAUGAUAUCCUUGUUGAAGAGGACGACGAUUUGAUCGUCACGCAAACGGGAGACCAGUCGACAAAGAAAGUUGUGCAUUCACGUCAUCUGACUAAAGCGCAGCUAUCUGAUAUGGCCUGGAAUGUGCGCAAGCUGUCGAAGAAGCUGGACAGCAUCAAGCUCAAACUCUCAGUCAAGAAUGUUUUCAUUAUCACCAAGGCAGGUGAUGAAACUGUCAUUGCCCACACAAGAGAAAUCGUACAAUGGUUCCUGUCCAAGGAUCGCAAUACUAACUACACUGUCUAUGUGGAAAAAAGACUGGAGACAGAGUCAGAAUUUGCAGGCCCUCAAAUAUUAAAGGAAGAGCCUUCUGCAGCAGGGAGGCUCAAAUACUGGGAUGUGGACUUUGUGCAUGAACAUGAUCAUUUGUUCGACUUUGUCAUUACCCUUGGGGGUGAUGGGACCGUCCUCUACACGAGCUGGCUAUUCCAGCAUGUGGUACCACCAGUCCUCUCAUUCGCACUGGGAAGCUUGGGCUUCUUGACUAAAUUUGACUUCAACCAGCACCAGAAGACGCUCGAAUCUGCCCUUAAGGACGGGGUUGCCGUAAGCCUGAGGCUGAGGUUUGAAUGUACAAUCAUGAGGAGCAACCCACUACCGGAGGGCUCGGGGCAUGUAAAGCGAGAUCUGGUGGAAGAAUUGAUCGGAGAAGAAGUUGAGGGCACCUUGACUCAUAAACCGGACAAGGUUGUUCAAAUUCUGAAUGACGUUGUCCUUGAUCGGGGUCCAAAUCCAACGAUGUCAUCUAUUGAAUUGUUUGGCGACGAUGAAUAUUUCACGACACUCCUGGCAGAUGGAGCCUGUGUAGCAACGCCCACGGGCUCGACUGCGUACAACCUGGCUGCCGGGGGUUCUCUCUGUCAUCCAGAUAACCCCGUCAUUCUCGUCACUGCAAUAUGCGCUCAUACCCUGUCUUUCCGACCGAUUAUUCUACCAGAUACAAUCGUUCUACGAAUGGGAGUGCCCUACGAUGCCCGGACAAGUUCAUGGGCAAGCUUUGACGGACGAGAGAGGAUCGAGUUAUUCCCGGGUGACUAUCUGACCGUGUCAGCGUCGCGAUACCCAUUCGCGAAUGUUCUCCCCCAAGAUCGGCGCGGAAACGGCUGGAUGCACAGUAUUUCGAAGACCUUGAACUGGAACUCUAGACAAAGGCAGAAGCCCGCGAGGUAG